AUUGGUCGAGAUGACAGAAGUGCAAAUUCUAAAGUAUCGAUGAGCGUUAAUCACAAUUCCCAUAAUGAAUUCACUGCACUAAAAUACGAAUACUUCCUACUUAAUCAAAUUCACAGGUUCUUGUUCUCUAUAAGUACAUGCCAUUCAAUAGUACUUAGUAAAUAAGACAAAACUCAAUUGCAAUUACAGUGAAAUCACAAUCAUUAAGUGUAUACCAACGGAAGGCUCAUACGAUGCGACCGAUGUCCAAUCACCAGAGGAUUUGUCAAGUUAAAUUUCCGAACAUUGUCUAAUUCCCUGAACAUACUUCAUUGUCAAUAACAAAAUACUAAAAAAUCCCAGGAAAGCAAUUUGUUAAUUUCCAAUCGUGUAGUAAUUUUAUUGUGAUCAUUCUAAAUUUUCCGAAGAACAUGACCAAUUGUAACAUGAUAGUCGCAAAAUCUGAAACUAUUGGUCAUGAAAAUCAGCCUAUGGAUUUGGAUACUGCUAUUGAUUUGGUCGGAUUUGGAAAAUUUCAAUAUUACACACUUUUUAUUUGUGGUUCAUUAUUUAUGAUUUUCGCUAUAAGUGUUACUUCGGUAACAUUUAUUCUUCCAUCGGCACAAUGUGAUUUUGAGAUGAACUCAACCCAUAAAGGUCUGCUAAAUGGAGCAUCGAUGGUAGGAAUGGUUAUUGGCUCAUUUAUUUGGGGAUAUUUGGCUGAUUCCAAAGGUCGGCGAUAUACUUUAAUUGUCAGUACAAUGAUGGACGGCAUAUUCAGUAUUGUGUCAAGUGUCGUUCAAGUUUAUCCUUUGUUCUUUUUUUGUAGAUUUAUGAGUGGAUUUGGAGUAUCUGGCGUAACAGUCCUUUAUUCCUACUUAGGAGAGUUUGUAAAAGCAAAAUAUCGUGAGAAAUUUCUUUGUUGGAUGGAAAUAUUUUGGACUGCAGGAAUAAUUAUACUUCCAUGUUUAGCUUGGUUAGUGAUACCUUUAACGUUUCGGUUUGAAAAUGAAUACAUUUUAUUCAAAUCUUGGAAUUUGUUCGCCAUUGUUUGUGCUUUACCAAGCAUAAUAAUUGCUACUCUGUUAAUUAAAAUGCCAGAGAGUCCAAAAUUUCUCCUUAAUAAGGGUAAACAUGAUGAAACGAUUGAAUGUUUGAAAGUUGUUUAUUCCUGGAAUAACACUACAGGACUUCAUGAAUUUCCAGUAAAGUCAUUAAUAAUGCCGGAUUAUACAGACGAAACUAGCAGCCAUUUUCUAAAAGGUCUUUGGAGAAGCAUUAUAGGAUUAUUUUAUUCAAAAUACAAAAUCGAAGCUAUAGUCACAUGCAUUAUUCAAUUUUGCGCUACAGCUAGUUACUACAUGCUAGUAAUGUGGUUUCCAGAGCUGAUGAACAGAUUUCGAAAAUAUGAAACUGAAAUGCCCAAUUCACAUGGGGUAUCGAUGUGUGAAAUUAUAUCAAUGUUCAAUAAUAGAACAGAGCAAAAUUUCAUUGAAUGUAAUGAUAAUAUUGACCAAUCGGUGUACAUCAAUAUUGUUAUCAUCGGGUUAGCUUGCAUACCAACAAGUCUAGCUCUACCCAUGUUUGUCAACAAGCUAGGACUAAGAUUUUUCUUAAUAUUCAGUUUUGUUGGCUCGGGUAUAGCAGCAGCUUGUCUCUAUUACAUAACUACAUCAACACAAAAUCUUGUACUCUCUUCUAUUUUCGAAGCUCUGUCUAGUAUGGGUAUAAGUCUUAUGUACUGCAUAAGUGUAGAGCUAUUUCCAACAGAACAUAGAGGUAUGGCUGUUUCUUUAGGAGGCACUUUUGGAAAAAUUGGUGCACUCCUGGGCAAUAUUGUUGUAGGAAUAUUUAUUGAUGCACAUUGUAUAAUUCCAAUUAUAAUUGCUUGUUCAUUUCUAUUGCGAAGACAAAAGAAACCAGCUUUGGACUCAUUUAAAAAUGACCAAACACUUAAUUUUUUUGGCGUUUAAUUAAAAAUGUUUAUUUCAGUUUCUGCAUUUUUAAUUCUCACAUUGCCAAAAACUGGAAACAUCGA